CUUAUAUGAUUUCCAUGAGUAGAUUUUUGAGGGGGCGUAAUUCAGUUCUCACUUUCUUUAGCUUAUUAAAUACAUUCAAUAAUUUCUUCUACUGCGAUUUUAUUUAUUAGUAAAAACAAAUUGUGCCACUUUAAAUUUAGAUUUAUCUAUCGAGAACGAUUAUAUCGACGAAAAGAAAGUUAUAUAAAAAUUAAGUACUCUAAAAACUUGUGAAUUUUUCCAAUUCACUAAAACUUUAUGCAGUCGAGGGGUUUAGGUUAGGAUAAAUUGGUUAUUAUGAACAACAUGGAGACAAUGGAUGUCGAAAAUGUUGCUGGAAAUCCAUAUCCAAAUAAGAAAACUCAAAUGACAAAAUUAACAACUUUCAUUGUUCUAUUUCUAUCAAUUCUGGUCAUGGCUUUAGUGACAAAAGUGAUCGUGUUACAGAUAAACUCGACUAAAUUUCAGCAUAUUCUUGCCAACAGUAACUCACUUCUAGAUCGAAAUUGUCCCAGAAAUGAGGAAAAUGUCGAUGGACAGGGCCCAUCUUUAGCUCCAAACUUUUCGGUUUUGGCCGUGGAACAGCUACUGUCAUCCCUGAACGAGUCGGUGGAUCCGUGUGAAUUUUUUUACAAUUAUGCGUGCCAGGGAUGGAUCAGUGGGCAAAGCUUCACUAGUACCGCUCCAGACGGGAAAACAGUCAUAAAUCUAAAGGGUCAACUUUCCAUGGACUCAAUCACUGGCGAAAGAAAUACGAGAUUGAUAAGAAAUUUUCUCGAUAAAAUGGUGUACACUCCGAACAGAACGGGAGAUGGAGUAGAAAAUGAACUAAAGUCCUUUUACGAAUCAUGCAUUCAAUUGAAGAAAAACUCGUCCAUAAUUCACCCUGUUACCGGAAGGUUAAUAAAAUGGAUGUUUUUACGGCAAGAAUCAUUUCUCUCCCUUCAAAACGUGGUAGUUAAAUUAGUUACGUUGGGCGAAGAUGAUCCGAAGCAUAACUCAAUUCCAUGCACAGAACUGGCCAAAAACCUUUUUCCUGAAGUAGUUGGAAAACUCUUUGUUGAAAACCAUUAUUUGAAUGAUAACCUAGCUUUCAGUGUUCAGCAACUACUUUUGCAAAUUAGAGAUACGUACCUUUCUCACCUUGACGUUGUCUACAGUCCGUGGGUUGAUUUCCAAUCUUGGCUGGAACUUAGAAGACGCAUUAAUUCCGCAAAAAUCAUGCAAGGCUACCCGACCGACAUUAUGGACAGCAUUUGGGUGGCCAGUGUUUAUGCUAAUGUGACAAUAAAUAAAAAUGUGUCGCACUUCAUAGUCAACUUGGUGCAAUUAAUGGAUCUCAGAGAGAUGCGGAAGCAAACGCUGGGAAUGGUAACGAUGAACUAUUUUGACAACAUUCGAGACGUCGCUGCCAAUUAUCUGCCAUCGUGGGACAUGCUGUUCAUAUCUGCAGGAUAUGCACAAUUUCCCAUAUAUCACGAGUCAUUUCCGGACGUCUUAAAAUUCGGGAGGUUGGGAUUUAUUAUUGCUCACGAAUUUGGGCAUGCCUUAUCCGCAUAUAUUCGAACCAACGAUCAAUCAAGGGGUGAACUGCCAUUCGGUGCUUCAAACGCAACUUACCAAAAGUUUAUCGACAAGCUAAAUUGCAUUGAGAACGAGUAUAACACUUAUCAAAUUCCAUUUUCCUUUCCACAACGAAAUACUACUCAUGCACUAACCUGGAAUGGAAGUUUGACACUGGAAGAAAAUUUUGCGGAUUUUAUCGCACUGAAAAUCUCAUUCAGUGCGUUCAUGAAAGAACACAAGAGAACGCACGGUUCUCAAGUAAAUCAUGAAAUUCCAGGGCUCGCCCGGUUUUCGAAAGAACAAUUGUUUUUUAUUGCAAAUGCUCAACACUGGUGCACCGCUUUCUCGGAUGAAGUUUUGCAUUACCAAACAUUCAAGGAAUGGACGGAUGCUCACAGUAUAAACCCAAUCCGGGUGCUGGGGCCAUUUAGUAAUUCAGAAGAAUUUGCCACUGCAUUUAAUUGUCCAGUGGGGUCAAAAUACAAUCCACAAAAAAAGUGUACAUUUUAGAAUAAAACAGGACAUUAUUUGCGAAAGUGAUGAAUUUGAGGUAGAGAGUACCAACUCAUUUCCCGUUUUUUAUAUAUUUGAUAAUAUAAACUGUGUAGGAUAUAAGGAGUUUUAAAAUAAACCUAAUUCUGUUAA